AAGUAACUAGUAAUGUAACUAAGUUACUAAUUUAAAGUAACUUACCCAACACUGAUGGCAACACACCGUGAGUACUUUUCAGUCUAAAGACAUAAAAAUAAUACAUGUAACGAAUUGCACCAUUAUACUGUAAUUUGCAGGUGUUUACAGUGUAAGUACCAUUUUACAACAUUAUAGUAAGCUAAGUUAAAUAGUUAAAUACUUUAAAUCUACAUUACAGUAACUAUACGGAGGUUCACUGUAAUUCCAAUUACCGUGAACAAAUUGUAAAUCAGUGAUGAAUGAGCGAUGUAUUAUCAAUGAGCUGCAGUCUGUCAUAAAAUGUCUUUUCAUUUGACUUUUUCAGGAAAAACUGAGAGUAGAUGAUUUCCCUUAAAACCUGCUUCAUUAUUUACAAGUCAUGAAUUCUGUUUGCCUGUUGGUUUUAGUUGAUGCAAGCUGACAGAAGAUUUAAUCACAACAGGUAACACAGGGAACAUCAGUGUCAGGAAUUGCACGGAUGUUUGUUGCUUUUAUGACCCAAUAAAACUGCAGCAAGGCACAGAUAGGACCGGCAAGUUAUAGUUUAACCAGUAACCACUCCCGUAAAUACACAUUCAACCUCCCAUAUCGAGCAUAUGCAGUCCUUGAACCUUUUGCCUCUCCUGGUAAAGUAAAGCAGAUGGCUCUCAAAGCUGAACACGGUCAACCUGGAAACAGCCUCUUUGAUUUCCUCAACAGGUGGGUUAAUCAUCAUGGUGAUGGCAAAAGGGACGUGCUGGUCUUGAACGUGGUUUUGCUAGGCGGCCCUCAGAGUGGGAGGAGCUCUGUGGGGAAUGCUCUUCUUGGUGGAGACGAAUUCCAAACAGGAAGAAGCAUCUCAGGUGUGACCACUGAGUGUCGCCUCCUCUGGCGCACUUUUCCACGCUUUUUCAGAAGACAGGGGGUGGAGACUGACAUGAUGCUGAGAAUUGUUGACACGCCUCCUGGAGUGCCUGACCCACUGAGCAUCCACCAACUCUGCCCUGAAGGCGUGCAUGUGCUCGGCAUCGUUGUGAGAGCCGACCUGCCGCACGAAGGCAAACACCUGCAGCAGCAUGCAGAGAAGCUCCUUGGUCCAGAAUGGCAUCAGCAUUCCAUACUUAUCCUCACGCAUUCUGACCACCUGAGAGAGACGGGGCUUCAGCCUUCAGCCUACCUCGCCCAGCCCUUUACUGGCUGGCUCAGAAAUCUGGCUGGGGAAAUAAGGGGCGGGGUCUGGUUCCUAGAUAACACCAGUGAUUGGUCGUCAGUCAGAGGGCGACCACUCAGAGACCAAAUUCUUUGCCUCUCAGCCAAGAACCAUCACAGGGCUCUGACCAUCAGGACCUCUGUCUGACACCAUGCGGGGCCUUUAUUUGGUUAAUCUUUAAAUCUGAAGUCAGCUUCUUAUCACAUAAAGUUAUUUGUGGAAAGAAAUUAUGUAUUUCUUUCUUAUGGCUGCUUUA